GGAUAGACUAGGCUGACGAAUCGAAAAUCGAGUGCAGCACAGCGGGACCAUAACCCAAAAAAUACUGGAGAAUAUUCGAAGACAUGCCUUUAAACAGGUUAUUACUGCAGACGGCCAGCGUCAGCAAAAGUGUUACCCGGUCAGCAUUUACUGCCAGAAAGCCAGACAACAGCAAUCCGAACUGGCUCCGUGUGGGUUUGGCGUUUGGGAGCUCAGCUGCUCUCUGGGCACUGCUUUUCAAGCAACACGGUGAAGAUGUUGCUGAGUAUAAGAGACGGAGUGGACUGGAAUGAAGAGCUGAGGACGUUAGCAAAGCAGAAGAUACCAGAUUGGGAGAGAGUACUGUCUGUAUUGGGGAUACAUGAUUGAUAUAGUAUGUUUGGUGUUAUGCACAGUGUAAAGAAUGUGUAUUAAAUAAACUUGUAAAUACACUGAGCUUCCGAGGUUGAAAGUAUGAAAAUCCAGAAUCUGCACUAGAUAAACACACACAACACAUAGUUAAUCUUUGUAUUUUGUUACAGGAAUGUUGUCUAUUUACUGUAUAUAAUUCUAGUAUUCUUAAAGACCUGCAGGUGCUUUGGAAAUGUAUAAUAUUAGUGAAAAUAUGCUAUUAAAUUUCUCUAAUUUGUAAA